UCCUCUCUCUUGUCAACAGAAUGGAUAAUAAAUUCUGUUUUGUUGCAUGAUAAGGUGCACGUGCUAUUGUUAUAACAGAAACGUCACUUACUACAUAGGUGUGAACGUUCAAUGAACGAUAAAUUAAGCGUUCGGAUGACAGGAAAUUUGUCGUAAGUAGGUAAUUUACGUACUACUCGAAAUGGCGUCGACGAACGAAAGUGACUUAAACGUAGGCGCAAUCGAGAACUUCAUCGAAUAUUUACAAAUUCCUUCGGUUCAUCCGGAUGUUAAUUAUGAUGGCUGUCUCCAAUUUCUCACGAAACAGGCGCAGAGUCUCGGCCUCCCCAUGCAAGUGCACUACUGCUUCCCAAAAAAGCCCAUAAUAACCAUCACCUGGAAGGGUUACGAACCGAACUCACCCUCGAUCUUGCUAAGCAGCCACAUGGACGUGGUACCAGCCUACGAGGAGAAGUGGAAGUAUAAACCGUUUUCGGGUCAUGUUACCAAAGAGGGAAACAUCUACGGUCGCGGUGCGCAGGACAUGAAGUGCGUCGGGGUUCAGUACCUGGAGGCUGUGCGCAGAUUGAGGCUGAACGAGGUGACUCUUCGACGGACCGUUCAUUUACUCUUCACGCCUGAUGAGGAAAUUGGGGGCGCCCAAGGCAUGCGCGAGUUUGUCAAGACGCCCGAAUUUAAAAGGUUAAAUGUCGGUUUCGCAUUGGACGAAGGAAUGGCGUCCCCUUCUGAUGAGUUCGUGUUGUUCCACGGGGAGAGGUGCAUCUGGUAUAUCAUCGUUCAUUGUAUGGGACAGCCUGGACAUGGCUCGCUUCUGCUGAAGAACACUGCCGGACAAAAGCUCCAGUAUCUUUUAAACAAAGUGUACGAGUUCCGCGCGCAGCAAGAAAAAAGGCUAGAGAGUGAUUCCUCCCUAACAAUCGGGGACGUUAUGAGUAUUAAUGUCACUCAAAUUCAGGGAGGAGUUCAGCCCAACGUUAUACCUCCAGAGUUUACCCUCGUACUUGACUGCCGGAUACCGGUGACAACGGACGUGGUUCAAUGGGAGGAGACGUUACAGGGCUGGUGUAAGGCGGCGGGGGAAAAUGUCUGGAUCGAGUAUAAGCAAAAGUUGCCCCAAAUUCCAGCCACCAAGCUGGACCAUUCUAAUCCGUUCUGGAUAGCGUUUCGGACUGCAUCCGAGAAAAUGGGUCUCAAAGUGAAGACGGAAAUCUUUACGGGCGGUACAGACAGUCGCUAUUUGAGACAGGUUGGAAUUCCGGCCUUGGGAUUUUCGCCAAUGAAUAACACUCCAAUUUUGCUACACGAUCACAAUGAGUACCUCAACCAAAAUGUUUUCCUUCGCGGUAUCGAGAUCUACUGUCAGAUUAUACAGGCCGUUUCGAACGUUCCAGAUAUUACGGGAUGAGCUGUUUAAUGUAUAAGUAAAUGUAAUGCUCCCUAUAAAGAAUUAAAAAACCCAUUGUCUCCUUGAA